UAAGUAUGUAUGUUAAUCUGUCUCAGUCAGCAUUAAAUUUAUUCUCGUCAUAUUACGACUUUAUUCUCGGAAUCUUAUUCUAACGCCCCUUUAUGCCGGUACACCACGUACAGUAGCAGAGCCGAAGAUUACCGAAAGUUUCCGAAUCCUAAAAGUCCCGUUUCCGCUUCAAGAUGGCGGCGUCGCGCAAGCCUCUGAUGCAUAGUCACCAGAGCUGGACAGAUGACCUGCCGCUGUGCCAGCUGUGUGGAGUGGGAACGGCACCAAACUGCGUGUACAGCCCCGAUGGCAAAAGCAACCAGAUGCACCCUAAUGAGGACGGGCACUUCCGCUUCAGUACCGAGUCCUGUUUCCUGUAUGGGGUGUUUAACGGUUACGACGGCAGCCGAGUGGCCAAUUUUGUGUCCCAGUGUCUGACUGCAGAGCUUCUUCUGGGCCAGCUCAACUCCAGUCACUCUGACGCAGACAUUCGUCGCAUCCUCUCACAGGCUUUUGACGUAGUGGAGAAGAGUUACUUCGAGACCAUCGAUGACGCACUGGCAGAAAAGGCCAACCUUCAAGUGCAAAUCCCAGAGGGGGUGAUGUUCCACCAGCUGUCUCCUCAGAGUCAGAAGAUUGCAGAGCGGCUGAAGACUCUGGAGCAGGAGGUGUCUGGAGGAGCCACGGCCAUAGUCGCUCUCAUUCUCAACAACAAGCUAUACAUUGCUAACGUGGGCACCAAUCGAGCUCUGCUUUGCAAGUACACCAGUGACCGUCAGAAUCAGGUGAUUCAGAUUGGACGAGCCCACACAACUGACAAUGAAGAUGAGCUGGCCAGACUGGCUCAGAUAGGCCUGGACCAGAAUCGGCUCAGACAGACGGGGAUAAUUGCAGGUCAGAGCAGUCUGAGGCGGAUCGGAGACUACAAGGUGAAAUUCAGCUACUCAGACAUCGAUGUCCUGAGUGCGGCCAAGAGUAAGCCAAUCAUCGCAGAGCCUGAGAUUCACGGCGGCCAGUCGUUGGAUGGAGUCACAGGCUUCCUGUUGCUGAUGUCAGAGGGACUCAUUAAGGCCCUGGAGGCGGCUCAUGGACCUGAGCAGGCCAAUCAGGAGAUGGUUGCCAUGGUGUCAGCAGAGUUGGCCCAACAGGGCAACGUGGAGGCGGCGGCCCAGUCGGUGGUGGAGCGCGUAAAGCGUCUUCAUCACGACGCCUACGCCAGACAGAGAGCGGGGCAGUGUUCACGCCACGAGGACAUGACCCUGCUUAUUCGCACCAUUAAUUACCCUCUAUCCGACGGCUCGCUAACUCCAACGCAAGGUGGUCGUAUCUACCCGGUGUCCGUGCCCUACUCGAACUCCCAGAGCACCAGUAAGACGAGCGUGACGCUGUCUUUAGUCAUGCCAGCCCAGGGCACGCUCACUAACGGUACCAACACAGCUUCCACUCUGGAAGGAGGCACCCCCACUCCUGGGCAAAGUCCCACAGCUACACUGCAGUCCAACACACACACGCAGAGCUCCAGCUCCAGCUCUGGCGACGGCAGUCUCUUCAGACAGCGCGCCAGCCAGGCGGCACAGCCGGACGAGACGGGCCGCGUGCCGCCCUACGUCGACUUCACCCAUUUCUAUCAGAUGUGGGGCACGGAGCACAGCGAGGGAACGAGAGGUCCGGGACCACAGUGAGGGCUCCAGAGAAAACAAACGGAGAACAGAGGCCGCUUCCUGCACUGACAUGUACAAUGGAUUCUAAUGGCAUGCGGUUACACCGAGUGCCGAUUUGCUGCCUUCUGUAAGGACUUUAUUAAGGCCGAAGUGUUUAAUAGCCUCGUUCUCCAGGUAAUUCGCAAUUCCAGAUUCGCAGCGCCUGCCUUUUCCGUUCGGUGCAGCAGCAAUGUUCAAUUACAGGUCAGUUUUCUUUAGGCGACUAAAUGCAAAAUAUAUUAUUGUUAAUGCUCUGAUGUGGCAUUUUUAUAUUAUAGCAUUAUCCUGCUGAUCAGAGCCAAACAGAUCAAAUUCCAUUAAAUAUCUUGAAGUUACUGAUGAAGAUUAAGAAAUACAUCAUGUGACUACCGUGAAACUGUCACUCCACGAUUCUCAGUUUCUACUCUCACGUUGUAAGUGAAAGCAAAAAAUUUUAUUUUAUUUUAUUUUUUUUUUUUAAGUUUUAUUAAAGUUAUCACAAAAUGGGUUUCAGCAUCCAAACAGAUGGAACACAUCACUCUUGUACUGGGGUAACAGUGGAAUUGCUCCAUGUCAAACUCCAUGUCAAAAAGUGGAUCAUAAACCUCUUUCAUAGCGAUGUAUAAUGCCUCAAGGUCGUGACACACGGACACAGCACUUUUCGAGUCGAUUUGUUUAUUACGCCGUGUCGGAUAGAACCGUAGAUGUUCUCCUGAUACCGGAAUUCCGCGUGUUAAUAUCACACGAUGAUUUGCGUACAUUGACCUUCUCCUAGUAGCUGACAAUCCAAUACUGAAUUUCUCUCUCUCUCUCUCUCUCUCUCUCUCUUUUUUUUUUUUUUUUGUUUUGUUAAUAAAAGCUGCGCUAAGACCUCAACACUUCUUUCUUUGCAGAUACUGUAUCAAGGGACCCAUUUCCAAGCAUUCGGAUCAGCCGACACACUAUUACACAGUCUGAAGAGACUGCUAUUAUGCAAAAUCAAAUUGUCAUUGAUUAAUUAUGACGAUAUUGCCAUUUAGCGGAAGGCCGAACGGCAGCGAGGUACUCGAGGGCAUUUCCAAACGUGUCCUUCUGCGUACGCUGAUUACGAUGUUUUUUUUUUUUUUUUUUUCCAUCAAUAUAUAUUUUACAAGUGUUCUGUUUAAUACACCAUGUUAACUCCUUCUUCCCUCCUAUUCACUCCAUUCUGCAGUAAAGUCAGGUCUGCUGGAAUGAGUGGACGCUUGAGAGUGAUUUGCUUUUCUCCACCAGGUCGUAUAUCGGUUGUACUUUACUGUACAGUCUGACAAAUACUUUAUAUUAGACAGGUGAGUAUAUGGUGGAUGUUGGAACUGCAUAGUAAACUAUUUUUGUUCAGCAGCACGAUAACAACAUUCUUAAUAAGUAAGUAAUUAUCUGAAUACAACGUGGGGGGGAAAAAAAUACUAAACCAUUCCGAACACUGUAUGAAUACUUCCUGUUUCAAUGCACGCUGUAGCCUAAGGUUUCUGUUAUUGACUGACAGAAGUGGAAGCCCAUGUGGUCUUCUGCUCUCGGAGCUCCUUCUCCUCCUCUACAAGGUUCAGAGCUCACCACGAGUGUAAAGACCGGUUGUUAGUGUUUAGAGCAACCGUUGAAAGAUCAGUGGUUUCUGAUUGCCACAGGUUAAGUCACUGAAAUCACGCUCAGGACUUUUAGGAUUAUAAAUCUAUUCAGCUCCGCUAAUCAAUCGAGUCGAGAAGGUUUUGCUUUUGGUUUCAAUGCGGUUUAGAAUCUACUUUUAAAAUUAGGCCUAUUCUAUAGCAGUGAUAAGUAACUACCACAUACUCACCUUUUAAAUAAGGUUGUAGCUUACUGUGCGUGUGCAUGUCACGUUGCUCUGUACAGCCGAGUUUCUAGUGCCUUGCUGAAAUAAACAUUAAAAGCUGUGAUGCGGUGGAAGAAA